AUGUCGAAGAAGGAGGAUAAGCCCGCGGUGGUCCCGGAAGUGGACGACGAUGAACCUGAUGAAUGGGACAAGCGGAUCUUCAGCACCGGUUGCGCAGUGGAGCAGGAUAAAAUGAACGACUGCUAUUUUACAAAGAAGGACUGGAGACUGUGCAAGGACGAGAUGGAAGCAUUUCGCGAGUGCUGGAAGCGCAAGGGCAAUGACCAGCGGACUCAAACAAAGGACGCUUAG